CUGAAAGUCCUUUGCUAGUUUUGCCUAAAAUGUUUGUCCGCAAUCUACAGUUUCCACAUCAAAAAGAUAACAUACCAUAUCUUAAAAUCCCAUUUUUAAUUUCCAAUAUCCUCCACUCCUUACUCACCCUUUUCCUCUGAAUCCCAUUCCCACCACCUCCCUCCUCCGCCUACCGCCGCCGCCGCCGCCAGCUCCAAGAAAAAUGAACCCAAUAUUCUCUACCCUCCAAUAUUGGCUAGUGAACCACCCUUUAAUCCUCCAAUUCUCAUGGACUCCAGGCCACACCCUUGGCUCCACUCCUCAAUUCCUGUUCCUCACUAUCUUCACCUACCUUUCUCUCACUUAUCUUCUCUCUCAUUCCUCCUUCCGUAAUUCCCUUGGAUCCCACUUUCUCAAACCAAUCACAGCCCUCCACAACCUCACUCUUUUCCUCCUUUCCUUCAUCAUGGCCGUUGGUUGCACCGUCUCCAUUAUCUUCCACACUCCUCAUCUCCAUCACAUCAUUUGCUUCCCUUCGCACAUUUCACCAUCUGGACCUCUGUUUUUCUGGGCCUACAUCUUCUACCUUUCAAAAAUUCUUGAAUUCUUAGAUACCCUUUUGAUUAUUCUUAGUAAUUCAAUCCAAAGGUUGACAUUCCUCCACGUCUACCACCAUGCAACUGUGGUGAUUAUGUGUUAUCUAUGGCUUACCACUCGCCAGUCUUUGUUUCCUGUAGCUUUGAUCACAAAUUCAGUUGUGCACGUGAUAAUGUACUACUACUAUCUAUGGUGUGCAAUGGGUGUGCGGCCCAAGUGGAAAAGGUUGGUGACUGAUUGCCAGAUUGUGCAAUUUGUGUUUAGUUUUGGAAUCUCAGGUGUGAUGCUGUAUUACCAUUUCACUGGAUUGGGAUGCUCUGGAAUAUGGGGUUGGUGUUUCAAUGCUGUUUUCAAUGCUUCCCUUUUGCUCCUUUUCCUUGACUUUCACAGGAAGAGCUAUAUCAAGAAAAGGAUUCAUCAUGAUAAAGAUAAACGGCCAUGAUUUGGUGGGUUCAAUUUCUUUUUCUUUUUCUUUUUCUUUUUUAGGGUUUUGCAAUUAUUUAAUUGGAUUGUCACUGAUGCUAAGAUAGUUCAAGUUGGGUAAAAUAUGGAUU